GAUUGAAUUUGGGGAGUCGGAGACUACGACACGCUUUUCCUGCUCCAAAUUCCCAGCCGACCAAUUUUAAACCCAAAACCUCGAUCUAUCUCUGUGAUAGCGGUUGAAGACACCUUACCAUGGCAACAAGACAGGUGUUUAGAUAUGUAUCUCGCAGGUUCUCAACUGGUGGCAAAGUACUUGGUGAGGAGGAGAAGGCUGCAGAGAAUGUCUACAUCAAGAAAACUGAGCGAGAGAAAUUGGAGAAGCUUGCACAAAAGGGCCCUAAACCUGAAGAGACACCCGCAGCAAAUGCAGGUGGUUCAGGUACUGGAGCUGAAGCAAAAGCAAGCGAGUCCACUUCCGCAAAAACUGGAGUAUCAACAGACGAUCACAGGAACUAUGCAGUUGUAGCUGGCGUUGUAACUGGCCUUAGUGCUCUUGGAUGGUAUCUUUUGUCCAAGGACAAAAAGACCGAAGAGCUUCAUGAUUAAAGACCCACAGACAUAUAGGUACUUGCUUCGAAGUCCCUCUCAACCGUCUCUCUUAAUUCAAGACUAAUAAACGAAUAAGAAUUACAUGAUCGUAUGAGCAAUAUUGGUGCUGUUUUCUGUAAUCUAAAAUGCCUGGAUAUAUACAAUUGGUGGGAUUAAGAGCUAAUUCAACAUACUAUUAAGACCCAAAUACAUGAUUUGUGUUUUGUAGUUAUGUAUUUGUUUAUUUUACGAUUCAGACAUCAUGUUUUAUUUC